CAGUCAAAACGAGCGCGAGCGGCCGGCCUGGUGGGAGAAGGCGCUCGGACGGACGGUUGGAGUGGCCGCCAUUUUGUUCGAGACCCCGCCAUUCGAUCGGGGGUUUUUUUCAAAAAAAGGGCUUUAUAUCUGAGGCGAUUGGCGUGGGGAGGGAGGGGUGGAGUUAUCGAUUCGAAUCGAGGCGCGUUUUAAAAAAUAAAGUGGGGUUGGGGGGGGAGGGACAAAGAAAAAUGAAGAUCUUCGUGGGUAAUAUCCCGAGCGAAGGGACGGUGGACGAGCUGAAGACGCUGUUCGGUUACUACGGCACGGUGCGGGAGUGCGACAUCAUCCGGCAUUACGGCUUCGUGCACAUGGACAGCGCCGAGGAGGCGAACCAGGCCAUCGCCGCGCUCAACCAGUACGAGCUGCACGGCCAGAAGCUCAACGUGGCCGAGUCCCGGCCGCGGCCCGCCGCCGUCACCAAGGUCUACGUGGGUAACCUGGCGGGCGGCUGCAGCAACCAGGAGCUCCGGGCCAAGUUCGAGGAGUACGGCCGGGUGGUGGAGUGCGACAUCGUCAAAGACUAUGCUUUUGUGCACAUGGAGAAGGAGGAAGAUGCAAUGCAAGCUAUUGCCAGUCUGGAUAAUCAAGAAUUCAACGGGAACAAGCUUCGGGUGCAGCUCUCCCGGUCGACCUAUGGGAAGUCUGGUGGGCAACGGGAUGUGUGCCAACGUUGUGGAAGGCAGGGUCACCAGGCCCGAGAUUGCCAUUCAGCACGCUAUAACCAGUAUAGCCAGUACCAGUACCAGGCUCAAUAUUACCCCUCUUACUAUUCAUACUACGAUUACGAUUAUGGCCAAGCUUCCUAUUACGAUUAUUACGAAGAUUAUCAGACCGCAAGUGCUGCCGCAGCUUACACGCCACUUGAAUACGUGAGGGAGAGGAGCCCCAACCGGUUGGGCACAUCCGUAGUAGGGGCCAACAACUGCACCCUAUACGAACGUACCCGCCUGUCACCACUCACCGUGCCAAAAUAUCAAACUGAGAAAUUCAUAGACGAUAGCAUCAGCAGGUAUGAUCAGUUUGACUACGAUAAUACUACCGACACCCGCUAUGCCCAAUGAACCGACGAUAUCCUCCUUCCUUCUCUUCCUCCUCCGCCGCCGCCGCUCUCCGAACAGAAGUUUGCUCUCUCGAGACGAAUACACGACCCCGCGAUCGCAGCAUGACAGCACCGAGGCAUUUAAAAACAAAUUUUAUUUCUUUCUCAAAAACAAAAAGAUACAAUCGAUGAGCCCUGCCUUGUGAUCCAUAGGUUCUGUAAACACACUUAAACGCUCUCUUUCUCACUGAUGAUUGUGAUCAGCGAUUACUUGUCAGUUUUGUUUUGGUUUUCUUCAAGCCCACCCAGUCACCAUUUUCCCCUCCUUUCCCUAGGCCCCUUCAAAACGAAACAAACCUCCCUUUAUGCAAGUCCUAUCCUUACCAAACACAGGUGCAAUUUCCCCUUCCCACGGUGAAGGCCACCUUCCCUUAAUGCUCUUCCAGCCCAACACUGCCUUUUAAAGAAGUGGGGAGCCUGUUCUGCUGUUUUCCCUUCCCUUAAGGGACUGAUGGCUGUUGUACUCAGUCCUGUGAUCUCCAAGUACCAUUUGUGAUUUGACAGCAGGCUGCUGCUCUCGUGGGGAGCUGCUCUGGUUAGGGCCUGGUGUCCGAAUCGUGGAUCAUACAAGAAGGCAGCUUCAGUCAAGGCACUUUCCUGUUGCUGUGCCACUUUUCCUUGCCUCUGCAAACGCUUAGCCCUCAAGGUGUAAAUCUCAGUGGCUGCAGGUGCCUUGCAGAGAUUGUGCUGUAAAGCUGAAUGGGCUCCCCCCCACUUUAAAUAAUCUUCACACUUAAUUAACUAUACCACCACUGUGAAUCAUCAACCACACAAUUCAAAGCCGCGUAUCAGGCACUCUGUUUCAGACAGAUGCUGCAUUCCUGCACCUUGCCAACACUGCUGGGAUUCUUGCUGCCAAGGGAUGCACAGGAGCAGACAGGCCGUCUCCUGCGUGGUUGUGCUUUCUUUCAUUUUAGUGAUUUAUCCUUCUGCAGCCUCGAGUCCGCUCACAGGCAGGGUGGCAGAGUGCGUGUCCUGUAAUUCACCGGCUGGCUUUACAGGUAAUGGUCCAAUUUUGCUGAGUAACUGAUCCCGCAUCCCCCUUUUCCCCCACCAGAAAAAAAAAUUCUCACUGCUAAAUUUCUCCACUGAAAGCAACGGGCAUGCUGUCAUUGGUACCAUCGGAUUUGUGUGAAGAGGAAGACAGGGUGGGGAGACUGCAGGCAUCUGGGUAACUUCCAGUCUUUGGCUUUUCGGAUUGGCUGCAUGAGGACAGAAUGUAUGUUUCCAGGCAGAGUGAGUGUGUGUGUAUGUAUGUGUGUAUACUGGGGAAUGUGUGUUUCUUAUGAUUGCCAUGGCAACACUGCCAACAUGGGUGACAAUUGACUGAAUUUCCUCUUGGGCAGUGUCAUGGUCCUGUGGACUUAAUGUCUGAUGGCUAGCUGAAGAUUUCUUGAAAUGGGUGCUUUUAUUUUGGCAUUGAGGAUAUGGUUCAGUCACAAUGUCACCUAUAGCUGAACCUUAAAUUUACCUGAGGUGUUACAAAUGACCUUCUGGAUAAUGACAAUGGGGAACUGCCACCUCAAAGAACAGACCCAGAGUGAUCUGGUGUCUUGGCUGAGGGUGAAUGGUGAAAGAGAAACAGCAAACUAGGGUUUUCUGUGGGCUGUUGAGUGGGAGGAGAGAGUGGAAGAGUAGAAGAAUGGGGGGGGUGGGGGGGUGAGUUUACAUAUCUGAUGUUACACAAUUUAAAAUAAGGCUUGUUUAAUUUUCUUACACUAUGAUAAUGAUUUAGUUUGUCAUAAUUGCCUACACUAGAGAACCAGUGUCUGAAAUUAGAGUUGGACAGGGAUGGGGAGGGCUGUUUGUAUCGUAACAUGUAGUGAAAAUUAAAUAAAAUUAGUCUGAAAUAUC